AUGGGGACGCAGGGCGAGACAUCGAUGGAUACCCGUUUUGACGGUCUGUUUGCGACCGUUGCUGAGCAGGCUGGUGGAAUUGAGCCUCUUUUUGACUACUUCUUUGGGUUCUUGUGCCGUAAAACCGAUUUUUUCACAGUAGGUCGCGCUGCGUGCAAGGAGAUGCUCGACAAAUCCUUUCAGAAAUGGACAGAAAAAGCCACGGAAAAGGCAGAAAGGGAACGUCUGGAACGCGAGAAGAAGCAGCUGCACCAGAGACGACAGGAGGAGCAACAGAAGCAGGAGCAGCAGCGGAAGCAGCCGGUGGAUCUGGAAAACCGCCCGAAAAUUGAAGAGUUAACGGAAGAUGAGGAAGCUCUCUACUCUCAGCCAGCAGACAAAGGUGCAGAGAAGUCGACUCAGCGAAAUUCUUCACCGGCUAAGACUGACCAGAAUGCACAACAAGAAGAGCCCGCGGGCUCUGACGACGAGCAGAGCACGCGCCGCCCAGAGGGUAACGGAGGCACGACGGACAAGUAUCGCUGGACGCAAACUCUUGAAUCUGUGGACGUGUACGUCCCUAUUGGAACUGGUGUAAGGGCUGCGCAAUGCAGCGUGAAGAUCACAGGCAGUCGACUCACAGUGGGACUGAAGGGUCAGCCUCCCAUCCUAGACGGGGAGUUUUCACAGAAAGUGCAUGCCGACGACUGCAUGUGGACGUUGGAGGAUCAGAACACGGUGCAUCUUAGUCUUGAGAAAGUCGACAGAAUGCGCUGGUGGAGCUGUGUCUUGAAGGGGGACCCAGAGAUCGACACAAAGACAAUUGUCCCUGAGAACUCCAAGCUCUCCGAUUUAGACCCAGAGACGCGGGCGACUGUAGAGAAGAUGAUGUACGAUCAGCAACAAAAGCAGCGGGGUUUGCCGACAAGCGACCAGCAGCGUCAGGCAGAGAUGCUGGAGAAGUUCAAACAGUCGCACCCGGAACUGGACUUUUCAAAUGCAAAAAUCAACUGGGGAAACUCCGGUUGGGGUGGCUGA